CGCAGCGAAUUUUACAACAAUAACAUUCAGUCACAUGGCGAAUAUUUUCCAUUUUCAAUAAUCAUCUGUUUUUUUGUAAUUUUCACUUCAAAACAUCAGUUUUCGUGAGUGUCAGUGAUAUCGGAAAACAGCACUUUCCAGUUCAUUUUUUUAACAUGAUUAUAAUAUUAUCUAAUUUAGAUUCUCUAAUCAUACUUUAUUGUAUGUAUGUUCCCUAACAAUAGGAAAAAAUGGACGAAGCUGCUAAAGACUUGCAGUACAUGAUUCAAGAAGAUGAACUUGCAAGAAAUGCAGUCGUACUGAUAUUUGCGAAUAAACAGGAUCUCCCGAAGGCUUUGACAACAUCGGAACUAAGCGACAAAUAAGGUUUCAAAGUAUAGUUUCCGUGAUAGGAUCAGAACUGCCAAAAUCAUGGGGCUAACAAUUUCAAGUGUUUUCACACGACUGUUUGGCAAGAAGCAAAUACGCAUACUUAUGGUUGGACUCGAUUCCGUCGGAAAAACUACCAUUUUGUACAAGCUAAAACUGGGCGAAAUAGUAACAACUAUUCCAACAAUAGGAUUCAACGUAGAAACAGUUGAGUACAAGAACAUAUGCUUCACUGUUUGGGAUGUCGGUGGUCAAAACAAAAUCAGACCGCUGUGGCGCCACUAUUUCCAAAAUACCCAAGGACUGAUUUUCGUUGUCGACUCCAGCGAUAGGGAAAGAAUAGACGAAGCUGCUGAAGAGUUGCAGUACAUGAUGCAAGAAUAUGAACUUAGAGAUGCAGUUUUAUUGAUCUUUGCGAAUAAACAGGAUGUCCCGAACGCUAUGACAACGUCGGAGCUUGGCGACAAAUUAGGACUGAAUCAGAUUAGGAAUAAUUGGUACAUCCAAGCAACAUGUGCGACUCAAGGCAAAGGGCUGUAUGAAGGACUCGAUUGGCUGUCCAACCAAUUGGCCAAAUAAUUAUUCGUUUCCUCAUUGUCUUUACUUUAUUUACUGUUAUUUCGUGUUUUGUUCUGAGUUUCAUUAAAUUUCUUUGCUGAUAUGUUUAUAUUUCCAAAGUUUGAUUGAUUUACUAGUUAGUUGAAAGUCCUUGUUUAUUGAGAUGAAUUAUUUCAUCAUGUUAUUAAUAAUGCUGCUCUAAUUUAAGAAUAUCCUCAGUCAGAAGUCAACAGGAGAUUGUUGGAUCACAUUCAACUUAGGUACUGGUAGUAACUUUAUAUUCUUCUUGUAAACAUUUUACAACUAUAAUAAUGUUAAUUCUUGUUAACAAAAUUGACAAAUGAAAACAUUUUUUUUCAAUAAUUGGCCUUGUUAAUU